AACAGUUAAAAGCGUCCGACUUUCAUGAUAGCAAGUCUUGUAGAAUAUUUUUAAUUGUUGUUUGUGUAUCGCGAUUGCAGAAAUGGAGGAAAACUACGAGGAUAUGUCGAACGAUCAGCUGCGCCUGAAGCUGUUGGAAUACGGGUUCAACAACAUGCCGGUGACGAGCACGACGCGGAAAGUGCUGAUCAAGAAGUUGAGAAACCACAUAUCAGAGAACAUAGCUAAGCUGCGGCGUGAGACGAUACAUGUGGCUAAAUAUUCAUCUGACGAUGAUAGUGAACCAUUGGGCAAUGUAGCUUCGGGCAAAAAAUCGCAAACGAAAAAGGAGGCAACUAAUAGGCGUGCUACAAUUGCUGGAGCAUCAACGAAAAUAUCUAAAGCAGCUUCAUCAUUGCAACCAGCAUCGAAAGGGCCUGCAGCGGCAGCCAUUGGAGAUGGUGUAUCUGCCGUGCAGCCGUCAGAUUCAGGAUCAACAUCGAAGCGUCGCUCGGGAAGAGUAACACCCGUUAAAGGAAAAAGUGCUGUAGAUGCCAAGCUGACAACGAUACCGCCGCAAGAAGCUGUCAUCAUGGAGGACUCGGAUGACGAUAUGGUUCCACUGACGCAAUUAAAACAACGCGAUCGUAAAUCCAAGAGUCCAUCACUAUCUAGGACGGAUAUGCUUACAACCUCCUACAUACAUCAGAUAGAGAUCAGUAAAGCCCCUCAAGUAGAGUCGAUUGUUGAAGAAAUGGAAGUAGAUUUACCGGAACCAACCCAGGAACCAUAUUUGGAAACUAUUGUACUGGAUGACUACGACGAAGUUGAACAAGAAGAAAUGCCGCCCCCACGGCAACCAUCUCCUAAACCUAAACCGGUUGUGAAAGAAAUCGUCCACAGCAAAACGACGCAUCAAUUCGACUUUCGUGGAACGUUUGCGGAUCCAGAAAUUAAAUCAAAGGAAGUAUCUGAAUCUUCAUCAAUACAUUAUGGAUUUGGUGCUGGAUCUCGACCCUUAUCAGGCAUCACAACACCUUCCCGGAGUAGUACGGCCAACGCUCUUAAGGAUAAUACGGAGUCUAGAUACGAACCAACCGAUUCACCGUACCUUAGUGAAUUUACUAAAAGGCUGUCUCGUUUACGUGCCGAAGCUGUGCAACUCCCAAGCAAUGCCGGGAGGACAAGGGAUUCGCCGUCAAGAAAAACCAUGAUAAAACAAGAAAGUAAACGUGUUGAUAUCCGUGCUUCGACUAGAUCUGCGUAUGACUCUAAGGAUGAAGCUUCAACAUCUCGCUUUAGAGUAGCUAAUCGACAAACGUACGCCCCGCACUCCUUGGAGCCGAUGCCAUCACAAGGCAGGACGGAAGAAAUUCGAACUUCCAUGCGACAGAGCUUGCUGGCACUUGAUCGGAAGUAUUCGAUUAAGAAGAAAUUUUACUGCUUCCUUAUUUUUCUUCUGGUUGUAUUCUUAUUCGUGUUUUUCUUCAUGUGAAACUCAGUAUUGAGUCCUUGUCAUUACCUGUCUUUUUUCUUUCGAUUAACGAAUUGUACACUCAUUCGUUUUUGUAAUUCUGUUCAAUAAACUAUAUUAUCAAAAAGGGGAA